AUGUCAUCAAGUGAAGCUAGAGAUCAUACGUUGACUCCAAGGCUUAAUGAGUUCCUGACUAAAAGCGACAUUGAGUAUGCUGGAAAAUUUUUUAAGCUACAGGAAUCGUCAAAAUUGAGUUAUAUAGAUUUUCGAAGUUUCUUGAAUCGUUUUAAUCUCACUUAUCAUGAUGACGACUUCCUUAAUCUUUGUCUGAAGAUGGAUCCAAAUCGCGAUAAUUUCAUCACUUGGAAAGAGUUCGUUUCAUAUCUUUUUCUUGAACUCCAAAUUGAUGAUAAUGCUCAAGAUGCUUUGUCAACAACGCUUCCAAUUGCACAACCCGCAAAUAUUUUCCUAUCGAAAAAUCGAAGCGACAUUUUGAGGAUUCACUUCAUAGACAACAAUUUUGUUUUUGCUUCAACAGAUUCACAUGGAAUUUAUGUAACAAUUGGGUGCUUUGGUGAUAUUUGCUUUUGGUCGUUGAAGUGGAGAAUGAAAAGUAUUAUUUUUGCUGAUGAAGUUCCCGAAACAGAAUUACCAAUAAUCGAAUUAUCUGACAAGAAACUAAUUAAAAAAUCCUCAAAAACGUUGAUUCUCGAUGCUGUCAUACUCACAGAUCUGAAAAUAAUUUGCAUUUCGUCGGUGUGCUGUGAUUUACGAUUUUACGAUUGCUCCACGAUAAAUAAAUGCAUUUUACGGCUUUAUGUCAGAAACUUUCCAUACCUUAUCAGUGCACUUCACUACCAUAAACCAAUUGACAACAAAAGAAAUGCACAAUUAAUUAUCGGAGAUUUCAAUGGAACUGUUCGCGUUAUUGAUUUCAUGAAGAAUUUUGAAUUAGAUUUUCGUACUGGUUCGAUAUUGCGUCAACUAUCUCACAGUGAAUUAAUGAAGAACAUACACGGAACAAUGAAAUGCAGAGAGUUUGUCCGAACCCAUCAAGAUGUUGUUACUCAAGUAUCAUUCAUUGAGUCGGUCAACAGUUUCAUAUCAUCAGCACAGAACAUCUUAUCAAAAAGCUCUUAUGCACCAAGUGUUGUGAUACAAAGUCUUAGUGACAUUCAUUCUCAUUCGAAUCCUCAAGUUGUUUUCAGAAUGAAUGGUGGGACAACUUGCUUUGAUUUUCAUCAACCAUCAAAAAUGUUGGCAACAGGUGGACCUGACUUUGUAUUGCGUCUUUGGGAUUAUCACAUGCCUAAAAAGAUGAAAGCGUCGAUGGUUGGACAUAAUUCGGGAAUUCAAAGCAUCUUCUUUCAAGACUCUGCCACUAAACUCUACUCAAUGGAUAAAAAUAAGAUUGUCAAUGUGUGGGAUGUCAAACAAGCUCGCUUGUUACAAACUUUUCAAGACCUGACUAAAACAUUCACAAAAAAUGUUUCUGUCUCAGCAUUUUACAAUGAAGAUUUUCGUGAAUUUAUCGUCGCAUCGAGAAGAAUUGCAUACUUCAAAUGUCAGCCCAAGAUAGACUUAAACAAGACUGACGGCUUCACAGAUAUGUCUCCGAUUUCGCUUAUUUUGUUUAACAAACUUUUUGGGUUUCUCGUGACUUGUAGCAAGUCGAGCUCCAUAAUCAUUUGGGAUGUUUGGAGAGGACGUAAAGUCAACUUAAUUCUUGAAGCGCAUACUCGAUUGAAACAUAACGAGGUUGAUAUAACCGCUGGUUGUUUCGAUCCUACUCAGCUUUUUCUCUUAACCGCGGGUAGUGAUGGGACAUUAAAAGUUUGGGAUAUGAAAUCAAGCGAGUUACUUCGAUGUUUGACAGUAGAUGAACGCGUUGUUUCAGUGUUUUGGCUUGAGGAGAGAAUUAUCGUUGUCAGUCUGAAAGAUAUCACUGAACUUAUUGAUCUGAGUAGUAUGAAAGAAAAAAUUUCCUUUGGAAAAUGUUGGCGAAAAUGCCAUCAUGGUGAAAUCAAAUGUGCCACAGUUCAUGACUUAAAAAUAUUAGUCACAUCGUGUACAUCUGGUGAUAUCAUUUUCUGGAAUUCAGAAAUGGGUCAACCUUACAUGCGCUUCAAUGUCAAAGACCCCACGCAACAGUUACCAGCUGUUUAUAAGAAAAUUUUUCUUAAAAGCGAUGUUCACGUGAAGCAGAAUACGAGGAAACAAAAAACAAAACAAAACAAAACCCUGAAGAACUUUGAGGAAAGGCUCGACUUUAAUUUGGCACAAGACUCGUCUCCACUUAUGGUACAACGGCUUCUUUUCCUAUUGAAUCGACCAUCUCAUUUCACCAAUGGAACGAUUUUAGCAGCUCUGUCAAAUGGAAAAAUUCAAGUUUGGUCUCAUCACAAUCGAAGAGAACCAUUCAUUACGGAAUUUGAUACAAAUUGUAUGAAUGGAGAUGUCAUCACAGCAUUGGCAACCGACACUCAAAACCGAUAUUUAUUUGCUGGAUCACAUUUCGGCUACAUAAAAACGUGGAUGAUAUCAAACUUUUGGUAUGUUGUCGAUUGUAUUUUGUCGUCGACAAUCAAUGGGGAAAUUUUUACAAGUAAUCAAGUAAAUCCAAAGCUUUUGAACUGUUAUCAAGGUCACAAGAAGCCAAUAACAAAUUUGAUAUUUUCCGAUAGAAAUGAAAUCAUGAUUAGCUCAAGUUAUGAUAAAUCUGUGAGAUUUUGGAACUUAAGUGGACAAUAUAUUGGAACCAUUGGAAGUCCAAUGAAGUGGACAAAUUUAUCAGCAAACAAAGGAGUUCCGCCAGAUUUUAACUAUCGCAUCCCAUCUGACCUAAGAAGUGUUGAAAUUGAUGAUUUUGAUAUUGAGUCUCAGUCUCAAGUCUCAAAUAUUCCAAGAGAAAGUUCAGAACCCAAAACAGACGCCACAGGAAAUCUUCAAUUCCAUGACUUAGUUCAAAAAGCUCUUCAUACAGAGAAUGAAAAGAACGAAAAAUCCCAUCAGCGAUCAGAAAAACCAACACUUGACUUUUCCUUAGCUUAUAAGCAGCAUUAA